CCUUUUUCUGCGACUCGCAAGAAAUGUACAGAAACUCCAGGCUUCUCCUGGCAUGUUGCCUCCGGUUUAUCUUCGCAAGAGAGGAGGGGGCAAACCACUGGCAUCUGUUUAAAAAUUGCAACGUAGACCCAGUUUGCGUGAUGCAAAGCAACAGAAAUCGCCAGGAAGGGCUUGGAUGUACGGCUGAGGUUAGGUUACGACGGUCUUCCUAAGGCUGCAAAAAUGGCCAGAUACCAACAGCUUCCACACGUGGCUGCCGCCCUCGAAUUUCUGCCUUGUGGGCCCGAAAGCUUCGUUUUCUUGUUAUUUAUCUCUAUGGGGGGGGAAGUCCGUGUGUUCCGCCAAGCCGGUGUUUGUAUCCGGGUUGGUUCCUCUCGCGCAGCCGCUCUCGGAAGUGAUGGUUUUGAAGGGAGGUCGUGGCGCGCUUUCCGCCACUGCUGCACGUGGGGAGCCGAUGCCCUGAUCCGGAGCCAGAGGCGGGAGCCGAGCUGUGCGGUCAGGCUGCGGCCGGAGGGGAGGUUUUGUAGGCAGCCUCGGCCGGAGAGCGGCGGGAAUCGGGAUGGGGGGUGCAGCUCCCCCGCAAGCUGGAAGGAGGAGGGCAGCGGCAUGGGAGGGUCUUGCAGUUUAGGAAAGGCAGGGGGGGGGAAGCUUUUCCUCGGGAGGAGGAGGAGAGGUGCUUCCCCGGGGGCCAGUUUAGGAAACGCCACUGCAGGGUCGUAGAGCGAGGAGGCUGCACCCUGCGAGGUUGCUGAGAGGACGUAGAUAAAAAUGUUCUCGGUGACGUCACGGCUCCUUUGGCGUCCCCGGCGCCUUCCAGGUAGCUGGACGCUCGUUGGGAGCUCUCCUUGUAAGCACUACAAACAGGAAAAGCUUCCGCCGGUGCAGGAGCCGAUUCCUCCUGCCUCGGUCACAGAGAUCCGGCAGUACCUCAAAACGCAGAAAAUCCCCUUUCACGAUGGCUACAGUUGCAUUCACGUGCCCAGUAUUUUUGUGGGGGAUAAACAGCAGCUCCGCCAUAGUUACAGCCUCUUUAUUGAUAAGACGACGGGCCAGUUCAUCUGCACGGCCACGCUGGUCGAAGGUAAUUGGCAAGAUUUCCAGGCCAACGUAGAGCUGCAGGAUAAAGGACUAACGUUAAGCGACAGGCACAGUAUUCAUGAGCAAAACGACCCAACUGGGGAGGACGCCAAGCACAUAUGGGACCGAGCCUUGCCUCUCUGGCAAUUGCUGGAUGAGCAGGAGACAAAAGACGUCAAGGCUAUGUUUGGCAUUUCCAGCGUGUCGAAUACCACUCUCAAACAUUUUGGGGUGCGUUUUCUUCGGACUGGUCAAGCAUUGGUCUUCCCAUGGUUCAGUCCUUCUGGCACCAGCUUGAAGGGGUUGAAGCUCCUCCGAGUUGAGCACCAAGGGGACAGAGUACACCAUGUGGAGAAUAUGUUGCCUCGUCCCAAUGCCUAUCACAAUCUCUUUGGUUUGCCUCUGAUCAGUCGGCGUGAUACAGAAGUGGUGUUGACUGGCCGAGAGUUGGAUGCUCUGGUGUUGCAUCAGGUGACUGGUUUACCCACCUUGGCACUGCCUCGUGGGAUUUCUUGUCUUCCCCCAGCCUUACUUCCCUACUUAGAACAGUUUAAAAGGAUCACUUUAUGGUUAGGAGAGGAUCUCCGGUCCUGGGAAUCUGCUAAACAUUUUGCACGUAAGCUGAAUCCUAAGCGUUGUUACUUGGUGCGACCAAGUGAUCAACAGCUUCGACCUUUAGAAGCGUUUAGCAGUGGUAUGAACCUUACCAAGAUUGUACGCUCAGCUCUGCCAGCUGGUCACAAAUCUAUAAUUUCGUUUUGUCAACUGCGGGAAGAGGUGUAUGGGGAAUUGGUCAAUGUAGAUCAGGUGGCUGGAGUCAAAUGGGCUCGUUUCCCAGAACUGAGCAAACUUCUCAAAGGCCACCGCAAAGGAGAGCUCACUGUUUUCACAGGUCCAACAGGCAGUGGGAAGACCACUUUCAUAAGUGAAUAUGCCCUGGAUCUCUGCAUGCAAGGGGUUAAUACAUUAUGGGGCAGCUUUGAGAUCCAUAAUGUGCGUUUGGCCAAGAUCAUGCUUACUCAAUUUGCCAUGGAAAAACUGGAUGAGCAACUGGAAAAAUAUGAUGAAUGGGCAGACAAGUUUGAGGAUCUUCCACUUCAUUUCAUGACCUUCUAUGGACAACAGAACAUCAAGACAGUAAUUGAUACCAUGCUCCAUGCUGUGUACAUGUAUGACAUUGCCCAUGUUGUCAUUGAUAAUCUCCAGUUUAUGAUGGGCCAGGAGCAACUCAGUAUAGACAGGCUUGCCCUCCAAGACUACAUUGUGGGUACUUUCCGAAAAUUUGCUACCGACAACAAUUGCCAUGUAACCCUGAUCAUUCAUCCCCGCAAAGAAGAUGAAGAAAAAGAGUUGCAAACAUCUUCCAUUUUUGGAUCUGCAAAGGCCAGCCAGGAGGCUGACAAUGUGUUGAUCCUGCAAGAUAGGAAAUUAACGACAGGACCAGGCAGGCGCUACUUACAGGUCUCCAAGAAUCGCUUUGAUGGAGAUGUGGGAAUAUUUCCCCUGGAAUUCAGCAAAACUUGCCUUACGUUCUCUAACCCUGUCAAAAGCAAAACUAGGGUAAAGAAGGUAAAAGAGGAUACUGAGGAGCCAGUCCAAAAAUCUGUAGCAGCUGCUGGGGAAGUUCCAAAGAAACAGCGAUCCCAGAAACAAUCCAGUAAGAGCACAAAACCUGCCUUAGAUGUGUCACCCGAUGGACCCAACAAGCCAUGAGGAAUUGAACUUUAUUCAGAAAGGAUUCGCAGCCAGCAGAACCACUAUGGUUCGUUUGAUUAUAGGAAUAAUCAGUCCAACCAUAUAGGCAUUAGUCAAGUUCUUGCAGUUUUCUUUCGUUGGAACCAGUUGCUAGGAGAGGUCUGUGAAUGGUAGCAGGGUUUAUAGCACUGUUUACUGUUAAGAAAUAAUCUGAAAAGAAACUUGGAUUACUUCCCCAUGCCAUUCAGAAUAGAGAGCAGAUCUAGUGCGUGCAGCAGAAAGGCUCAGCUGCAUAUACAGUGGGGUAUAUGCAAGGAAGGAGUUGUGUUUGUGUUAGAGAUACAUAACGUCUACUUGCAACAAGGGAUGAAUAGUACAGCUGCAGGGAACACCAAUGGUGUCUCCUGCAUGUGCUGUAUGUACAUGGGGAUACAGUCAAAGUUCCCUGCAAGCUAGUGUGAUAAAUCAUGGUGUGGAGUAACAAAUGCUGAUUGAAUCCCCAUGUUCUUAUACACAAUAAUGGAUGGGAAAAUUAAAAUUUACAAUAGAAACUCCUCCCCAUCUGGAGAACUGAAUGAUGAAAUUAGAAAGCUUAAAAGGGCUUUUCUACCCAUGUACCUGUAACGGGGCAAUGGAGAAACCAUUAAAAAAGUAAUGUAGCUUUAUUUUAAAAG